AGGAGUGGCAGCUGGAGGAGCUCGGGGCGCAGCUGCUGAACACCUCCAACCAGGUGCAGCUGCUCGAGUCCCGCUCGCGGCUGCUCUCCUCCCGCCAGGCUGACAACCAGGGCGCCAUCGAGGAGCUGCGGGCGCGGCUGGCCGCGGAGAGCCGGCAGUCCUCCACCCUGCGGUCCGAGCUGGCGGCCUCGCAGGCCGAGCUGGCGAGCCUGGACCAGCUGUGCAGCGAGCUGAAGCUGGCAGCCGCACAGCGCGAGGCCCAGUGCAGGACGGAGGCGCAGAAGGAGCGCGCGCAGGUGUCGGAGCUUCGGCUGCAGCUCCAGGUCGCCCGCGACGGGCUGGUCACCCCGCGCAAGGCGACGACCCAGACGCCGCAGAGCGCGCCACCGCCGGCGGUCCCGCCGCCGCGGGCUGCAGACGCGGGCAGCCUGACGUUCACCCUGGACAGCCUGCAGCAGGACAGCCCCGUGGGCGACACCGCGACCGCGCUCGCCAGGGCCCCCGCGUCGCCGAGGCGGCCGGAGACGAUCUUCACCCUGGACGCGCUCCAGAAGAAGGCGGAGCAGGAGAGAGCCCGGGGGGACUGCUGCCCCUCGCCGUCCGCGUCCCCGUUCGGCACCCCGCGCGCCGCCGCCCGCCGCCGCCGCCGCGCCGUCGCCGCCGCCGCCGCCGCGCCGCCGCCGAUGCGAGCGGCCUUCCCGGACGUCCCCCCGGUGCCGCUGGCGGCGCCGGCGGAGCGGGACUUCGGCGCCUCGCCGUCCACGCGCGAGGGCACGCGCAGCCUGCUGGCGGAGUCGUGGGCCCUCGACGACUCCGCGGCCCAGGAGGACCUCCCUGGGGUUGUUGGCAACCCGCUGAGCCCCUGGGACCUCGCCUCGUGCAUGCACGGCGCAGCGGCGAGCCCCCAGUGGCACGCGGCGGCGGCGGCACGCGCGCCCGCACGCGGCAGCGCGGGCUAAGAGCGCGGCCUCGGAUCCGCGCGUGCAGCUCCGCCGCGGGGCGGCCGCGGCCGCUGCCUCGCCGCCGCAUGGCGACGGCCCCGCGUCCCAGACGUGCCCGCGCCGUGGCACAAUCACGAUGGAAGUCUCUUGCAGGCGGAGGAGGAAGACGUGCCGCUGGUGCUGCUCGUCUCCGCCGUUGUCACCUUUUGGGGGCUCUUGAUUCUUCGCUGGGCCCCCUGCCGGACGCGCGGAGCGCGCCAGGAGGGCGGCGUCGGAGGCGGCGCCGCUCCGAGAGGAGACCUGCGCGGCCUUCCGAGAGCUCAUGUUCCCGCCGUCCUCCUCCUCCUCCUCCUCCUCCUCCUCCU